AACUCACAGUAGAUGUGGAAUUUUCCCUGAAACAGAUGGUUUCAUAAUAACGAGAGAGGAACUCGCAAAAGUGUGCACGGGUGAGAUGAAGGUCAUGAAGGUUCAGCAGAUCUCACACCAUGUCCUCCUUAUCCUGCUGGCUGCCACUGUGCGAUCUCAAGUCAACCCAGAGAUGUGUCGGUAUCCUCUCGGUAUGACCGGCGGGCAGAUUCAGGACGAGGACAUCUCUGCAUCCAGUCAGUGGUCUGAGUCAACUGCUGCGAGAUUUGGCAGGCUUGACUUAGACAACGGAGACGGUGACGGGGCCUGGUGUCCUGACAUCAUGUCAGAGCCCGACGGCCUCAAAGAGUAUCUGCAGGUGGACCUGCGUUCACUGCACUUCAUCACACUGGUGGGCACCCAAGGUCGCCAUGCCGACGGCAUGGGUAACGAGUUUGCCCAGAGGUACAGGAUCAAGUACAGCCGCGACGGCAGCAACUGGGUGGGCUGGCAUGACAGGAAGGGAAGGCAGGUCAUUGAGGGGAACAGGAAUGCGUAUGAUGUGGUGCUGAAGGAUCUGGAGCCUCCCAUCAUCGCGCGUUUUGUCCGCUUUAUGCCUGUGACGGACCACUCCAUGAUCGUGUGUAUGAGAGUGGAGCUCUACGGCUGCGAAUGGCUCGAUGGCCUGAUGUCUUACAGCAUUCCAGAUGGGCACCAAAUGAUCUACAGAGGCCUGGAUGUCUACUUUAAUGACUCUGUGUAUGAUGGAGCAUCAGCUGAAAGGCUGACAAAGGGCCUCGGCCAGCUGACAGACGGCACCUGGGGUCUGGACGACUUUCUCCACAGCCACACAUACAGCAUGUGGCCGGGGUACGACUACGUGGGCUGGAGCAACAAGAGCUUCCCCAAAGGUUACGUGGAGAUGAUCUUCGAGUUCGACCACAUCCGAAACUUCACCUCCAUGAAGGUUCACUGUAAUAACAUGCUCAGCCGAGGGGUGAGGAUGUUCAGGCAGGUCAGCUGUUUCUUCCGGUCGGGGUCAGACUGGGAGGCUGACCCGGUGACCUUCAGGCCCACUGUUGACCGCCUCAGCCAAAGUGCCCGCUUCAUCACCGUGUCGCUCGGGGACCGCACAGCCAGCGCCAUCAAAUGCCGUUUCCACUUCAGCGACCAAUGGAUGCUAUUCAGUGAGGUGGCCUUCCAGUCAGGCUCAGCAGUGUACAACACAUCUCUGACUCCUCGCAAACACGGACACCCCACAAACACAAUACCAGGGGAUGAUCCUACUCAUAAAGUAGAUGACAGCAACACCCGGAUCCUGAUUGGCUGCUUGGUGGCUAUCAUUGCCAUCCUAUUGACUAUCAUAGUCAUCAUCCUGUGGAGGCAGGUCUGGCAAAAGAUGCUUGAGAAGGCGUCUCGACGCAUGCUGGAUGAUGAACUCACAGCCCGUCUUGCAGUUCAAACCCACGCCUUUUCCUCCCACCACUCCUCCCUCUCCAGUGAGGGCGGCUCCACCUCCAACUCCACCUAUGAGAGAAUCUUCCCCCUCUGCGCCGACUACCAGGAGCCUUCACGCCUUAUCCGGAAACUACCUGAGUUCGCUCAGUCCACCGAACACCUCGGACCAAGCACCUCCUGUCGAGCCCUUGCAACCAGUGGUUCAGACAGUGCCCCCCACUACGCGGAGGCAGACAUCAUCAGCCUCCAGGAGUCUUCAGACAGCAGCACCUACUCCAUCACAGCCGCCAACAUGAAUCUGUUUGCUGGCACUGAUUCCUCCAUGAGAGAGUUCCCCAGACACAAACUCACCUUCAAGGAGAAGCUGGGAGAGGGCCAGUUCGGAGAAGUGCACUUGUGUGAGGCAGAGGGCAUGCAGGACUUUUUGGAUGAGGAUUUGUCUAUAGAGGGAAACAAUGAGUCACCUCUGCUGGUUGCUGUGAAAACACUGCGGGAAGACGCCAACAAGAAUGCAAGGAAUGACUUCCUAAAGGAGAUCCGAAUCAUGUCUCGUCUGAGGGACCCCAACAUUGUGCGACUGCUGGCGGUGUGUGUGGACACAGACCCGCUGUGUAUGAUCACCGAGUACAUGGAAAAUGGAGACCUGAACCAGUUCCUCUGCAGUCUCAGACUAAAAGAGGCUGCUGAUGAAGACAAGACAGAGCUGGAGGGAAAAGAGGGAAAGAGUAUGAUUUGCUACAGUAAACUAAUUGGCAUGGCUGUGCAGAUCGCAUCCGGCAUGAAGUACUUGUCCUCUCUCAACUUUGUCCACCGUGAUCUUGCGACCCGCAACUGCCUGGUGGGUAAGAACUACACCAUAAAGAUUGCUGAUUUUGGCAUGAGUCGGAACCUGUACAGAGGGGACUACUACAGGAUCCAGGGCCGGGCCGUCCUGCCCAUUCGCUGGAUGUCCUGGGAGAGCAUCCUGCUGGGUAAGUUCACCAUGGCCAGUGACGUGUGGGCCUUCGGCGUGACUCUGUGGGAGAUUCUGACUCUGUGUAAGGAGCAGCCCUACUCCCAGCUCUCUGACGAGCAGGUCAUUGAAAACACAGGCGAGUUCUUCAGGGACCAGGGCAAGCAGGUGUAUCUGCCAAAACCUCCCUGUUGCCCUGAUAGAGUCUACAAUGAUCUCAUGCUGAGCUGCUGGAGGAGGAAUGCCAAGCAGAGGCCGAGCUUUCAGGAGAUACACACUCAGCUGAUGGAGAGCAUGGCGUAGCAGAUGGAAGCGAUGAAUUCUCUCUGCCAUGCACUGCCACGUUCGCUCCCUUCAGGCUGGGUUAAUGUGGAAUGAACUUGGAGUCAGAAACAUGUUUUUCAUUCUUUUUUUGCUUGCUUGCCACAGUGGUGCUGUAAAUAUUAAGAACUAAGGAGAAGGUAUACACUUGAACAGAGUCUUAUAUUGUAGAUAUCAUGCAAAGUAGCACUAUUCACACCUCUGUGUAUUUAUUAAUUUCCUUUAAUUUCCUAUGCUAUGUCUAUUUAUAGAGUACUUCGUGGUAAUUCUAGGUUUUGAAACACAAUUGUGAAUAUUUUUAUUUCUUUUCCAUACAUGCAUCUAAUUCUAUUGCACAUUUAUUAGAGAAUGUCAGUACAGUUGUGUUUUAUGAAUGUUUCUAUUUUUGAGCAUAUGGCAUUAUGAUAACUGUUGUCGGUGUGACAGUGUUUUUUACCCUGCAGCAGUUCUUGACAUGUUUUAUAUACUUGUUUAUGUCCCUUUGCAGAAAUAAAUAACAUUUUUAUUGUUGAGUAUUUCCCUAUU